CUUGUUUAAAAACAAUCUCUCACUCAUUUUGGAUCAUCGCUUUCGUUUAGUAUUUGCUGAAACUUUUACCAAUACUUGUAGCUGUUCAACCGGAGAAAUUUGUUCUUUCGAUUUUUUUUUUUUUUUCCAGUAUGCAAUUUCAAUGUCUUGUGGGAUAUGCUACAAAUUAUAAAAUCCUGUUAAUAUAUUCAUGUCAUACCGACUUUGGAAUCUAUUGGUUCAUUUGAGGCGGUUAUUUUUGCCUUCACUUUCGUUGUUCAAUGUAAUCUCAGUUUAAUUUCGGCACUGGUUUUGAUCUCUGGCUAUUUUUAUCUCAAGUAGCGUUUCCGUUGCCUUUCACAUUUAGUUGAGUUCUACGUUCUUUUCUGUUCUGGUUUCUGAUUGCUAGAUUUAAAUUUUAUUUGUAGUCAUUCGUUUUCUUAUGAUUAUACCGUUUUUUUGGAAGUACUUUAUAAGUCGUGGAAUUCACGAUUCAGAGUUAGGGUGUUCACGACGUAGAGAUAGUGCGUGUUUGCGCUUUUGCGUAUGCUUCCUUAUAUAUGCUGGGAGUUUACAGUAUCGGAAAUAUUUUUAUUUCCUAAAUAAGAUUUGUUAGCUCUGCAGAACAUUUAGAUGUUCAUCAUUGAGCUUUGAGAUUGGUCGCCACUGUUUGUGUAGACAGUUGAAUCGAUAGUGAUGGGUUGGUUUAGAGCUGGUUCUGGUGUAGUAAAGCUUGCCAUUAGGAGAACUAUAUCUCAGGGUGGAUCAUAUGCAAUAAGAAAACGAAUCCUUACAUCACAGAACCGGCAUUUUCACACCACUGUCUUCAGAUCGAAGGCGCAAGCUGCACCUGUUCCUCGUCCUGUGCCCCUCUCUAGGCUAACUGACAGCUUCCUAGAUGGGACAAGCAGUGUCUACUUGGAGGAGCUUCAAAGGGCUUGGGAAGCUGAUCCAGCUAGUGUUGAUGAGUCGUGGGACAAUUUCUUUAGAAAUUUCGUUGGUCAAGCCACAUCCCCUGGAAUUUCAGGCCAAACAAUUCAAGAGAGUAUGCGGCUGUUGUUGCUUGUGAGGGCUUACCAAGUUAAUGGCCACAUGAAAGCCAAGCUGGAUCCUUUGGGUUUGGAAGAACGAGAAAUACCAAAGGGAUUGGACCCUGCUCUUUAUGGGUUCACAGAAGCUGAUCUUGAUAGAGAAUUCUUUUUGGGUAUGUGGAAUAUGUCUGGCUUUUUGUCUGAAAACCGACCUGUGCAGACCCUUAGAUACAUAUUGACCCGACUUGAACAGGCUUACUGUGGGAGCAUUGGGUAUGAGUACAUGCACAUUGCAGAUCGUGAUAAAUGUAAUUGGUUAAGAGAGAAGAUUGAAACCCCAACUACGAUGCAAUACAAUCGGCAGCGCCGUGAGGUAAUUCUUGAUAGACUUAUAUGGAGUACACAGUUUGAGAACUUUUUGGCUACUAAGUGGACUACUGCAAAGAGGUUUGGGCUUGAAGGUGGGGAAACUCUUAUUCCGGGCAUGAAGGAGAUGUUUGAUAGGGCAGCAGAUCUUGGGGUUGAGAGCAUAGUUAUUGGAAUGCCUCACAGAGGAAGAUUGAAUGUAUUGGGUAAUGUGGUUAGGAAGCCAUUGCGGCAGAUAUUUAGUGAGUUUAGUGGUGGUACAAAGCCUGUGGAUGAAAUUGGCCUUUAUACAGGAACUGGUGAUGUCAAGUAUCACCUGGGAACUUCUUAUGAUCGACCAACUAGAGGAGGAAAGAGAAUACAUUUGUCUUUGGUUGCAAACCCAAGUCACUUGGAAGCUGUGGAUCCAGUUGUUGUUGGAAAAACUAGAGCAAAGCAAUAUUACUCAAAUGAUGUGGACAGGAUCAAGAAUAUGGGUGUUUUGAUUCACGGAGAUGGUAGCUUUGCCGGACAAGGUGUAGUGUAUGAAACUCUGCAUCUUAGUGCUCUUCCAAACUACACUACUGGUGGCACUAUACACAUAGUGGUGAACAACCAAGUUGCCUUCACAACUGAUCCGAGGGCAGGCAGAUCUUCACAGUAUUGCACUGAUGUUGCAAAAGCCUUGAAUGCUCCGAUUUUCCAUGUAAAUGGUGAUGAUGUGGAGGCAGUUGCUCAGGUUUGCGAGCUUGCAGCUGAGUGGCGCCAGACUUUCCAUUCAGAUGUUGUGGUCGAUUUAGUGUGCUAUCGUCGUUUCGGGCACAAUGAGAUUGAUGAACCAUCCUUCACGCAGCCCAAAAUGUACAAGGUUAUCCGGAAUCAUCCAUCAGCUCUUGAGAUUUAUCAAAACAAACUAUUAGAAUCCGGGCAGGUGACUAAGGAAGACAUUGAUAAGAUAAAGGAUAAGGUCAUUAAGAUCCUUGAUGAAGAAUUCUUGGCUAGCAAAGAUUAUGUUCCAAAAAAAAGGGACUGGCUUUCAUCACACUGGUCUGGGUUCAAAUCACCUGAACAGCUUUCACGAGUCCGAAACACUGGGGUAAACCCAGACAUUUUGAAGAAUGUUGGCAAAGCAAUCACACACCUUCCAGAUAACUUUAAGCCUCACAGAGCAGUGAAAAAGGUCUAUGAGCAACGUGCUCAAAUGAUUGAAACAGGUGAAGGCAUCGACUGGGCAGUUGCCGAAGCACUUGCUUUUGCUACAUUGCUUGUGGAAGGUAACCACGUUCGAUUGAGUGGUCAGGACGUUGAAAGAGGUACAUUUAGUCAUCGCCAUGCUGUAGUUCAUGAUCAGGAAACCGGGAAGCAGUAUUGCCCUCUGGAUCAUGUAAUCAUGAACCAAGAUGAGGAGAUGUUUACUGUUAGCAACAGUUCUCUUUCAGAGUUUGGUGUUCUUGGAUUUGAGUUAGGUUACUCUAUGGAAAACCCAAAUUCAUUGGUAAUAUGGGAAGCUCAGUUUGGCGAUUUUGCGAAUGGGGCUCAAGUUAUAUUUGAUCAGUUUUUGAGCAGUGGGGAGUCUAAGUGGCUUCGUCAAACCGGGCUCGUUGUGCUGCUUCCCCAUGGUUACGAUGGCCAAGGUCCAGAACAUUCCAGUGCACGGUUGGAGCGUUUUCUUCAGAUGAGUGAUGACAAUCCUUAUGUUAUUCCUGAGAUGGAUCAAACUCUUCGGACUCAAAUUCAGCAAUGCAAUUGGCAGGUCGUUAAUGUCACAACUCCUGCUAAUUACUUCCAUGUCUUGCGGCGUCAAAUACACAGGGAUUUUCGUAAGCCUCUCAUCUCAAUGGCUCCUAAAAACUUGCUUCGUCACAAGGACUGUAAAUCCAAUUUGUCCGAGUUUGAUGAUGUCCAAGGCCACCCAGGUUUUGACAAACAGGGGACUAGAUUUAAGCGACUAAUAAAGGAUCAGAAUUUUCAUUCUGAUCUUGAGGAGGGUAUUAGGCGCCUGGUUCUUUGCUCUGGAAAGGUUUAUUACGAGCUGGAUGAAGAGCGAAAAAAGGUGGGUGUGAAGGAUGUUGCAAUAUGUAGGGUUGAACAGCUUUGCCCCUUCCCGUAUGACCUGAUACAGCGAGAGCUGAAGCGAUAUCCAAAUGCCGAAAUUGUCUGGUGCCAGGAAGAGCCAAUGAACAUGGGUGGAUACAGUUAUGUUGCACCCCGCCUUUGCACUGCCAUGAAAGCACUGUGCAGAGGAACUAUGGAGGACAUCAAGUACGCUGGACGCCCUCCGUCUGCUGCCACAGCUACCGGUUUCUAUCAGGUUCACGUCAAGGAACAGACUGAACUUGUGCAGAAAGCCUUGCAGCGUGAACCAAUAAACUAUCCUUUUUAAGGGUUGUCAGCGCUGGUCAGCGGUUAUCUCCUGCCUGAUGUUUCGUUCAGCCAUUUGAAACUGUUACAUGCGGCUGAAUACACCCCUGCAUACUACAGCUUGAAGCCUCGUGGCACCGGUACCGCAUACCUUGUUUGCUUUUUUACCCUUUGGUUUGACGCAAGGGUGGACGUACAGAGAUGAAACUUAUCCAAUAAUUAUGCAUCUAUAACUACGUGAAAUGGACUUUGAUUAAAAGGGCUUUCUCAUUUCUGUAACUUCAGAUGAAAAAGUAAAACAAGGAAGCAAGGCAUGUUUUUUACAGUUUUAGCUAGCAACCCACAGACCAACAUGAUGCUCCAGCCAGGCAUGGAAGCAGAUGUAGUAGUAGGUAACAGUUUUGUGGAAGGGAUAUUAUUGGUUGUGGAGCUGCUUACAAAAUGCUUGUUCCUGUUAUUGGUAGCUGACUAUGCUAAUCCAACCGAAAUUCCCAAAAUAAUGGGGUCUUGAAAUUAGUCAAUCAGAUGGAAGAAGUGCACAUCAGUCAAGAACGGUAAAUUAGUCAUGGUAAGGUUAGCGAUAUCAUGGCAUCUUGGUGACUCUUAAGAAAUAAAGACUUCACGCUCAGAAAGAACCGGAUUUGAAUCAAUACGGACUGAUCUGGUUUGAUCUUAACUUGUUGGAGUAAGCACAAAAUCCAAAAUACACCAAAAGUAGUUUCUACUGAAAUUGGUGGCUCCUAGGUCAUACGUACGUUGUUCACAGCACACUAACUAGUUGUGCCUUUUUAGACAACGUAUCAAACGCGUGCUACAUGAUAGAUGCACUUGUUAUGGUAUGAGAUGUACCGCAUUUUCACUUAACAAAAACGAUUAAUUAAACUA